GAAUACUUCCACUUCAAUCAAAACAUGGUCACCUUAUGAAUUCCCCGCCAAAACUCUGCGGUAUCCAGUUAAACAUUCGAAAAGUGCGAUCGUCGAAGGAACAAAAUGCCGUCCAAGAAAAGCAAGUCAGGCAAAUCUUCGGCUUGGUCUGGUAAGGUCAAAAUCACUGGAAAAGCCAAUCCGAAGAAAGAAGUCGACCUGUCUUUGUCGUCUUCACCGUGGAAGACAUUUGAUUUCACGUCUAGCGCCAGCGAAGCAGAAGAACAUGAAGAAAUGGGUCCCUAUCGCCCCUCUAUAUGCAAAAGCAAAAAGCGCCCUUCGGGUAAGUCCGUGCCAGGUGCUAUCAAACGAGCGGCCGGACGUCCCCGUGUGGAUCCGUUAUUGAAAAUGGAACGGGCCAAGGCCAAGGAACGUGAGAAUUACGAGGCCAUCACGGCUUGCCUGAAGAUGCUCUCUCAAAGUGUUCCUGGAGCUUACCUGUGUUCGGGAAAAUCCACUGUCAUGGACAUGGCUGCGAAAUAUGUAGCGUUUUUACUUCAAAAACUUAAACAGAAUGCUCCUUAACUUUUUUAACGCUCAUAUUAACAUUAUUUGAGACAAAAGAAAGUCAGUUGCGAAGAGACGACAGGAAAUUGGUUAAAUAGAGAACCCCUUGAUGAAUA